AAUCAAGGGUUAAGUGUUAAAACCCGCGCGCGAGAAGACGGAAGAACUUUCUUGAUUAGCAUAGUAUCUGCCCCGGGGCCGCGCUGCCAGGCGGAGGUUCGGUCCCAGCCGAGGUGAAGCGUGCAGUCCCUGCUUGACUGAGGUCAGACGCAGCACCUGCUUCUCAUCUGACAGGACCCGCAGUUUACGACUUUACGGAACAGGACACUGUGGCAUGAAACAGAACAGAGAUCAAAAGUGUCCCAUAGCCCAGAGGAACAGUUCAUCUCGACAGCCAGGGAGAGAGCCUGGAUGCUCAAGUUGGGGAAUGGCAGUCAAUGUGUAUUCUACCUCGAUAACCCAAGAGACUAUGAGCAGACAUGACAUCAUUGCAUGGGUUAAUGACAUAGUAUCUUUAAACUACACAAAAGUGGAACAGCUUUGUUCAGGAGCAGCCUAUUGCCAGUUCAUGGACAUGCUUUUUCCAGGCUGCAUUAGUUUGAAGAAAGUAAAAUUUCAAGCAAAAUUGGAGCAUGAGUAUAUUCACAAUUUUAAACUUCUGCAAGCAUCGUUUAAGCGAAUGAACGUUGAUAAGGUAAUUCCAGUGGAGAAGCUAGUGAAAGGACGUUUCCAGGACAACUUGGAUUUUAUUCAGUGGUUUAAGAAAUUCUAUGACGCUAACUACGAUGGGAAGGAGUAUGAUCCUGUAGAGGCACGACAAGGGCAAGAUGCAAUUCCUCCGCCUGACCCUGGCGAACAGAUCUUCAACCUGCCAAAAAAGUCUCACCACGCAAACUCCCCCACAGCAGGCGCAGCUAAAUCAAGUCCAGCAUCUAAACCGGGAUCCACACCUUCUCGUCCCUCAUCCGCCAAACGGGCUUCAUCCAGCAGCUCAGCAUCCAAAUCUGAUAAAGACUUAGAAACACAGGUCAUACAUCUUAAUGAACAGGUACAUUCAUUAAAACUUGCCCUUGAAGGUGUGGAAAAGGAAAGGGAUUUCUACUUUGGGAAGUUGAGAGAGAUUGAGCUACUCUGCCAAGAACAUGGGCAGGAAAAUGAUGACCUCGUGCAGCGACUAAUGGAAGUCCUCUAUGCUUCAGAAGAACACGAGGGCCACACGGAAGAGGCGGAAGCAGAGGAGCAAACCCACGAACAGCAGCCGCAGCAGCAGGAGGAGUACUGAGCCGUCGUGGCCGCUCUUGACACUUCCAUUAUACGUGGGAACUUUUGUUCUGGAAAAUUGGAACAUGUGUGGCCUCAAGCUCAACAGAAACCAGUUGUUCCCGGUCUGCCGUUACCAUCAAUGCACUGUCACUUACGCCAGCCACCGCGCUCGGUUCCCAUUUCCUUUGCCAAGAUGCAGUAGCAGCCGGCAGUCCCGGCCACCUCCCUGAGAGAUCGUAGGUCACAUACCUUCAACUUCACCACUGGCUGCUUGAGAUUGGUUCUGCUCUUUUCUUCAUUUCUUUCCAGAACAACUCUUCCCCACCCCAACACCACCACCACCACCCUUUUUAUCCUGGUGUGAAGCAAUGGUAAUUUGAUAUAUGGUAUUUAUAUUGGCAUUUCUCAACCCAGUGUCACUAGUUGUCACACGCAUUUGUGGUGCUUUGAUGUUUGCAAGUCUAACUUCUGAACAUAAAUUUGGUCAAAUAAUUGGAACAAAGGGAAGCAGAUACUUGAUAUGAAAGCCAUAAUGACAGUGACUUGUGUCAUGGGGAAAAACACAAGGUCGUUUCUCCCUCUACUCACAACACUAAAGGGACAAAAAAAAAUGGAUUCAAAACUAGGACUUCAGGGCCCAGCAGUGUCCAUACAUAAGCACGUUAGACACCCACACAGUAUGUUCUUAGUUUUGAAAGACAUUCACUCAAGGAAAACACCAUCUCAGCUUUGCCCUCCUGCCCCUCUCCCCUGGUUCUCAUGCUAUUUUCUUUCUCAGGGUCCUCUUCGGUGGGCAUCCACCCUCCCCAAGAUGUUGUUAUCAGUUAUCUGCAGUCCAAAGGGGGUGUGGGUAGGUACAGGUCCUCCUGUCUCCUUCCUCUUCCUCCUUGUGUGGGUUUCAGCCCAGAUCCUGUCAUUCACGCUAGGGGACUCCUACUGAAGGAUAACUGCGGGGUGUGCAGCCCCAGGCUCCAGGGUUCUGCAUCAUGCUGCACACUUGCUAGAAAGCUGGAUGUGAAGACCUUAUUAAUAAGGGCAUAAUUGCAAGGGAGAGUCAUGGUUCUGCGGUCUGGUGCUGACACUGGAGUAACAGCACAGAGUAAUCUAUGACUCCCAUUAUCUUCCGGAAUAAGGAAUUUCCCCUCUUAACUCAAGGGCCCUCCUUGUCAUUGACCUUUGCUAAACCGUGGCAAUUCAUAGAGAGGAAACAUUAAUGAAUUAAAAGCAUUCCUUAUUUUUUUAACUAAUAUUUGCACAUUUUCUUAGUCUCUUUCCAAAUCUUUGCCUCUUUUUAUUUUCCUUUGACAGAUGGUAUCGCCUCCUAGAUCUUUCAUUUCACUUGAUUUCUAACUUCACAUUUACUUUCACUUGUUAUUUGACUGAGCAGAUGCAACAGAAACAAACAAAUGUGCCCACCCCACUUUCCGCUUAACUGAAAAGCUUAAAAUAAAUUUCUGAAUUACGUAUCAUAAAGCUUUGAAAUUUCUUUAUUAAUUGAUGAAAUCCUAAUUCUAAAUUCUAGCCGUGAAGCUUUUCACCAAAAGAAGUCUUUCUUUCUUCACCAAAAGAAGUCUUUCCCAAAUAAAUCUUUCAUUGCAAAGUGGUAUUUAUUGAGUUAUAUGUGGAAAAAGAUGGCUUGUAUUUUUGAGAUUAUUACAACACACUGUGCAGAAUUGGACAGAUGUUCUGUGGUGUUUGGUUUCCCUUCCUUCUCUCUCCUGCUCACUCUGCACUCUGGCGGCAGCUCAUUUCUCUAAGGCUGGAAAGCCUGGCUCUCGGCAGUGACAUCCUCCCACGCCUGGUUACAGGUAGUGGCUGUGCUAUACACAGCAUCAUGCUCAAUGGUGUGUUGCCUUCUAAGCCUGUUGUACUUACUGAUUUUCUUUUUUUAAAAAAGCUCUUAUAAAGAGGCACAAUAAAUAACUCUAUGCAGCCGCUACUUCAGUGGUUCCUAGGCCGUUCUUUGCCUGCCCUGGACAUCUCAGUAAUAUCCAGUACCAGGUGGAUCAUGACCAAACUCCUGUCAUGUGCAUGCACGUGACGGGUAGCAGGGGGUCAGGGUCCUCCAGAAACCACUUAAUACUAUAUCUUGUGUAAGCCUCCCCAGUGGCUCUUGCUGGAACCACUCCCCGACCUCCUCAGCUAAUACAGCUGCUGGUGAGACAUCUUAGGCUGCCUGCAAAGAGAACUUUCCCCACUCACCAUACUUCAUUCUCCUUCCUGGAAGUUUGGGGCAAACUGUACAUUUAUUUAGAGAAGAGCUAUAAAUUCCUCCCUGUCCCCAUUUUAAACUACUUCUGUUAUGCUGCACCCCAGGUGACAUCACAGAUGCUUUGUGGAAUCUUUAGCAGCUGGGUUUGUCAGUUCUCUUGGGCCAUACCACCAGUCUCUGUGCAGACCACCACUCAUUUCCGAUGGAUGGUGGGCCCCCGUCCUCUCAUCUCAGCAUGUCAUCAUGCUGGGCUGACAAGUAUCCCUGGGUGUGUUUCACUCUUAGUCCCCCCUCAGGCCCGCUGGCUGGUAAUAGCACACCCACUGCUACUGUCAGAUAGGAAGUGAUCGAAGCAGGGGGCAAAGAGAAAGCCUGUGUUCAUUCUAAGCAGAAAAGCAGGGGAAAAAAAAAAAAAAAAAGGCAAACACCCUGUUCUGAGAGAAGUAAACUCCAGAAGGGAACCAAGAAUUCCUCCCUUCCCUGGUGAGUAUUUCCAUUAUUCCGUUAAGGUUUAAUAUGCAUUCAGAUUACUUUUACUAAAUAGUAUACCAUAAAGCUUUCGUUAUGUAUUAAAUGUAAACUGAAAGGAAUGUAAACAUAUGUAUUGUUAAUUAUAAAUAUAGAUAAGUAAUGACAUAAUAGAUGAAAAAGUCUUAUUCAGAUGUAUCACAUUCAUUUUACAUUACCCACCUAUUGUCGCAUGGUAGAAUAGUUUUUUGUCUCUGAAUAUGUGAAUAACUUGACUUGCGUUGAUCUUUUUACAUAUUUAAUAAAAAAAUAUAUAUAUGUUAAAA